AAGCCAAAGGAUGAGGGUCGCCUCAUGAAGCGUAAGGAACAGAACCGUGCGGCUCAGCGUGCUUUCAGAGAGCGGAAGGAGAAGCACGUAAAGGAUCUGGAAGAUAAAGUGGCAGCCCUUGAAACAAAAAAUGAGGAAGCAGUGCACGAAAAUGAGAAUCUUCGAGAUUUACUGACUCAACUUCAAAACGAAAAUUUGGUUCUCAAG